CAUUUUCUACUGGGACUAUACUCAGCAACUUUUACUACCAUAAAUAGCCGAUCCCUGCGCCACCCCCGAUGCCCCGCACAUACGGCAAGAAAAAGCAGACGCGGCUGGCUUUCGCUCCGUUGAGCUCCCCGCCGACGAAGAAAGAGGACUCCGACAAAGAGGAUGAUCGUCGCGCAAACUUGCGAUAUGCGCAUCCUUCCAUGCCAGUCAUCCGGAGAGGUCGCUCUCAGAAGGAUGCCAAGUCUCCGCCCCAACGUACCCCCGAACCUAAAGCAGUACCAGUUAGCGACAGCGAUAGCGACAUAGAGAUCGUGCGCAGCACGCGCAAAAACCCACAAAGAGGAUCAUUGAAGCGCAAGAGGACGGACGUAUCCAGUUCCGAAUCUCCCUCCGCGACCCCGCAAAAACCCGCCGCCGAUUCGGAAAGCGAUGCAGAUGAGGUGGUUCCUGCGUCUCGUCGAAAGCUGAGGCGUGGUGUGGCCCCCCAGCCUGCCCUCGUGGCCGACGAUAGUGACUCGGAAGAAGAAUUGGUCAUCUCUCCCAAAAAGCGCAGGACGCGCAACGCAAGCCCCGAUGUCCCCCAGACGCCGCGUCGCGAGCUGAAACAGGACGAAUUAGACAUAGAAGAAGAUCUUCAGGCGCUGCAGGACUCAGUGGUAAAAGAUACCCGCACUCGAGGUCGACUUGCCAACUCGGCACGGGCCCAAAGACAACAACACCUGGAAGCUUUACGUCGUCGGAGGGCAGGGAAGACAGCAUCUGAUACCGAGGAAUCUAAGAGUGAUCUUGAGCAGCCGGAAACGGGCGACGGCGACGGCGACAGCGAUGGUGACGAUGACAACGGAAGUGAACAAGAGGACGAACCCGAAACCCAUGAAGAGAACCCUAAACGGAAGCCUCAGUUCCGUACUCGACUAGAAGAAAGCGACGUUGAAUCCGCGAUCGCAAGCAACGAUGAUCUAGACCGCUAUGAAGACGACUUUGUGCUAGAAGACGAUGAUGAUACUCUAGGGGCUCCCACGGGCCUAGAAGACAUCCCCAUCGAAUUCUCGCGACAUGCCUACAAGCAACUCAAGGACUACUUCCAAGACGCAGUAGAGUGGAUGGUGCAUAAUCAACUCAACCCGGCAUUCCCGCGCUCCGACCCGGUCUACGAAGUCGCCUUUAGCAAACUCGAAGACGAAGUCAAGGGCCGUACCGGAUCACAGCUCGUCUCAUCCGUUUGGAACGCAAAAUUCCGUCGAGCUCUGUUAGCCAGGCCUCAAAUUGAGAUCACAACAUUCCCAACAAUAGAGAACCACCCAUGCGAUGCAUGCAACCGCUCAGGUCAUCCAGCCUCAUUCGACAUCAAAUUAUACGGGAAAGCCUAUUCACUGAAAACGCUUGAACCGCUUACCGACGAUGACAGCGACGACGAUGACGAUGACGACGACGACGACAAAGAAGAAGACGAACACGAAGACGAUAACCACGAAGAAAGAGACCGAGACGGCCACAUCCUACCAGACGAAAACACUCGCUUCUUCCUCGGCCGCCACUGCAAAAACAAAGCAACCCUAGCCCACACCCUAACCCACUGGCGCUUCCACCUCAACGAAUGGGUGACCGGCUACCUCGAACACCAGGGAUAUCUAUCCGAGACGAGAGUCGUGGAGCGCAGCCACUGGAGCACGAAGAAGAAAACCAAGUACGCCGUGAAAGCAGUUGAAUCAAUGAUAACGAAUGGCGAAGUCAAGAAGCUGUGGCGUGACUUUCAUAUCAAUUUACGAACUGCGAGAGAAACUACGACUCUUGGGUAGUGAGUAAUGCAAGCUUCUUCUCCUUCGCUGUUUUAUGAGAUGCUUUCGAUUGCACAUAUUUGAUCCAUACAUGGGUGGUUUGUCUGGACGGUGUUACGUAUUGCGGUUUGUUCUUCCCCUGGUCAGGAUCACCACUUUCUUCGAAUGCGCGCCUUUACACGAUUCUUCUGUUCAUAUUCAUCUUGUUUGUCGUCUCGUUUCAGGGGCUUGUACAUUUAUCCUUCAUACUAUGAUACCCUAUUUCUGUUAUUCAUCUUCGGUCUUCU